AUGUCAACCGCCAGAGAAACCCUAAGCGAUUAUCUGAGAUAUCUUUUCACGAAUUGGCUCAUUCGACGACCCGAGGUCAAUGUUGUUUCAGAUCAAGUUGGGGCAAAGAGAUCAAAGGCGGUGGAUACCGUUCUGAAGGACACGCCCGAAGUGGAAAAAAUCAGCGAGCUGAGAGGCAAAACACAGGGGAAGCCUGUCACGAUAAGAUCUCUCCUCCUCUCUCUCUCCUGUGACGUCCCGGGAUCGGCAGGAACCGCCAGCGACUAA